CGUUCAGCACCUGCAGGCCACUUGGGGUUGUGUAGCUACUCGCUCCAAGGCAUCCAUGCAUCAUGCCCGGAUUGCGAUGGCCCAUUCCAUGCCGGCUGUGCUGCAUGCAUUGCUGCUGCGUUGCCAAUGUUGCACCGUUGCGCGUCGCCGCCCAGGUGCGCUUGUUUCCGCCAAGCUCAGGCUGCAGGACCGGCUUCAAGGGACGUUCGAAGGCUGUCAGCACUUUCGUCGCUCCCGUUAGGGCAAGGGCAGGAGAUUCGGCAGCCCACUUCCAAUCAGCUCGUAGAUAUAGCACAGCGGCCAGCGCCGUUGAUACCACACCUGUCUUGUCUUCCCCGUUGGAAUCGUCGCUAGGUCGAGUGAAAGAGCAAGGAGGAAGGCGUUCAUCGCCACCCAUCGAGCCUCGAUCUUUAUUUUCCUUCCCAUCACAAACACCAUCCUGGUAUGCCGGACACAUGGCUCGUGCAGCACGGUCGCUGCCUGCACUCUUGCGGCAGGUACGAGCGCAGACUGGCAGCUUGCCGAUUGUGGUCGAGGUGCGAGAUGCGCGCCUGCCUCUCAGCAGCAUCAACGGCUUCUUCGAGACGCUACUGCGUGGAGCCAGCAGACAGUCCAAGCAGACGCGAAGGAAAGUGGGAAGGGAAGCAGGUCCAGGGCCGGUAGGCGCAAGACUCGUCGUCUACACCAAGGCAGACCUUGUAGACAAGCGCAUACAGCGAGCCAUAUCGAACGCAUUCGCCAAGCCCUCUAGCGCAGCUGCAGAUGCGAACGACCCGCAUAAUCCCAAAAGUUGUGACAUGCUUUUCGUCGAUACCCGAAAUGAUCGCGAUAUCAAAAAGCUGCUUGCAUUGGUACACGCAAAAGCCAGGCAUCUCGCCUCCAUCUCCGAUUCUUCCCAUUCCUCUUUCUCUUCAUCUAGUGCAAAAGGCCGAGCACGCUCGACGCUUUCUGGCGCCUUUCGGCACACGCCAACGCCCACCUCUGGCGUACGCUUGAUCAUCCUGGGCAUGCCGAACGUCGGCAAGUCGUCGUUGCUUAACGCACUGCGCCGCGUCGGCGUUGGCGGGCGCAAGGCGUUCGGGACAGCGCCAGAGCCAGGGUUCACACGCAAGCUGACAGGCAGCGUUCGCAUCACGCGCAGCCCGACGGCCACCGCUGCAGGCGCGACAGUGGGCGGCCGGGAAGGUAUCACCGCUCUCACAGCUCCGCUGUCGGCAUCAUCGUUGCGCAGUGCAUCGCAGACUCCGCCGAUAUACGUGUACGACACGCCUGGCAUCAUGCUCCCGUACCUCGGCGCAGGGCCUGAGGGCGUGGAGAAAGGAUUCAAACUGGCUUGCACGGCGGGGAUCAAAGCAAGUCUCUUUGAUCCGCUGCAGCUUGCUGACUAUAUUCUUUGGAGGCUCAAUCGGCGAUGGUACACUGCAUGGCGUGCUUGGGUUGAAGAAGGGGGAGAAAAGGGGCAAGAGCCGAAACCGGCGUAUCUGACCGGCCUUCCUUUACCCUCCGCUUCAGCUUCCAACACCUCCCCCUCGCAGCCCCAGCUGAACGGCCCGACAGACAACAUCACCGAGCUGCUCGUUGCCCUGGCACAUCGUGCUCCAGGAACGCUUCGAAAAGGCGGCGAAGCGGAUUUGGACGCCGCAGCGCAAUUCUUCCUUGAGCGCUGGAGGCACGGCAAACUGGGAUGUGGAGAGUUGGACUGCGAGGUGUGGGAUACGGUGCCGGAUUAUGCUCAACAAACUAUGCAGGACCAAGUUGAGAGGCAGAAGCAGUUGCAGGCGAUUGUGAAUGAUAAGAUUGGGUCACAGUGUCGCGCAGAUGCGCGACUGCCAUGCGUCACGCCAGCCGCCGACCUCGCUGAAGAAAGCAUAGACGACGGCGUUCCAAUAGCAGUGCACAAACCAGAGUCUACGGAAGGCCCGACAUAUACUGCCUCCGCAUCUGCCAUUCGUGCUGCGCAAAGGUCACGAUACACCGAUCAGCGGCUUCAACUACCGCAAGAAUCCCGCAACCAGCAGAAAAAGCGCGUGCGGAAAGAGGCGCUUGCAAAGCGGCGUCGCAAGCUGUUGGCGGCCGGUAUCGACGUGCCGAAGGACAUGUUGAGAAAGAGUGGCAUCAUCUAACUGGCUCAGACUCAGUGUAGAAGUCGGGCGGCAUUUGAGAAUAAUGGUAUCUCUCUCUGCG